UUUACCCAACUUACCAAAAUUUACUUGAAGCAGAUUAUUUUGUUUGGGACUCUCCUUUUUCGAUUAAUUAAGAAGAUUACUGUCCGGGCUGCUGCGCUAUUGUAAAAAGUCUUCAAACGUCUCUCCUUCAAGCUUCUUUCUUUCCAUCGCUUUAAAGGACUUAAUUCUUUAUAAUUUGUUAAUAUGGGGGCUCCAGAUCAUCUUCAACUAAACAUCACGCAGGAUGAGGAGGAUGCUAAUGAAGCAAAUUCCUCUGAACAAACGAAUGUUUCCAACCGGUCCAAGAACUAUACACGUUGGCUUAAAAUAGCAAUUUAUUCGCUGUGUUCCCUCUUUGGCCAAUUAGCAGCAACAUUAUUGGUGAGAUGUUACUAUGAUAAAGGUGGAAAAAGCCAAUGGAUGGGAGCUCUCACUCAACUUGCAGGGUUUCCAAUCCUCCUUCCUUUUUAUUUCACCUCUGCGGCUCGCAAGAUUCCCACCGCAGACAUAAUCCACUCAUCUUCAAAACCUUUUGUUUUUCCAUUAGUUUAUAUAGUCCUUGGCCUAGUCUUUGCAGCAGAUUGUCUCUUGUUUUCUCUUGGACUCAAGUACCUUCCUGCAUCUACUUUUUCCCUUAUUUCUGCAUCCCAAUUGGCUUUUAAUGCCUUUUUCUCCUUCUUUCUCAAUUCGCAAAAGUUCACUCCUGCCACUACCAAUUCUCUAGUAAUCCUUACCAUCUCAUCCACCCUUCUUUUGUUUCAAUCCGACUCUUCUGACCCUUCUAAUGUCUCCAAAGCAAAGCAUGUGCUCGGACUGAUAUGCACUAUUUCUGCAUCGGCUGGAUACGGAUUGAUGCUUUCUCUAACUCAGUGUGCCUUUGAAAAGAUCAUUAAAAGGGAAACAUUUUCAACCAUCUUGAAUAUGACAAUGUACCAAUCGCUGGUCGCAACAUGUGCGGCUCUAGUGGGACUUUUCGCCAGCGGAGAGUGGAAGGGUUUGACAGAAGAGAUGCAUGCGUUUGAACUAGGGAAAGCAUCCUACGCUCUGACGCUGACAUGGGCAACUAUAUCAUGGCAGACCUUCAAUUUCGGUACCAUAGGAUUAAUUCUUGAGGUGUCGUCGGUUUUCUCCAAUGUCGUAUGUGUUUUGGGGUUGCCUUUCAUUCCAAUUUUAGCUGUGAUAGUUUUCCAUGACAAAAUGCACGGGAUAAAGGUGAUGGCUUUGCUGUUGGCUUGUUGGGGAUUCACCUCAUAUAUGUAUCAACACUAUAUUGAUUAUCAUAAAUCGAAGUCAGAGAACACCAAUGUCAAUGGAGGAGACAGAGCUUCUCAACAAGAGGAGACCAAUGGUGAAUAGGUGAGGAGGUUAAUUUAUGUUGUUAAAAGCCUUGUUGUCUAGUCCAUUUUCCCAAAAUAUCUUGAUAGGCUUAAUGUUCUAAUAGCAUGUUUCAGCUGUAAAAAUUAGAUAAUUUUACGUUUACAAUUUAUUCCCUCAUAGAGAUUCUUUUCUUUGUUUCUACACAUUUCUAAAGAAACUGUCAGUUUUAGUGACAUGGAUUUGUUGUCACAAUGAAAUACAAUUUGUUUGUUUCCUUAAACUGGAGCUAAUUCUUGUGUAGGAAAUCUUAAAAGCAGUGUUGU